GCAAAUGCACCUCAGUAGACCAGACCAACAAUUGCUCUGCUUCUUUCUUUCUUCUUUACUGUCUUCUUUUCUCUUGCAGCACCUUCUUCGUCUUCUUUCUUCUCUUUUCUGCAGCUUCUCCUCCAAUUUUUCGGCCGGGAUAUGUGGGCAACGUUGGCGUCGUCUCGUCGGCGGAAUUUCACCACUGAAUUCGUCUCGUCUAGUGCACAGGGCGAUUCUCGACAAAAUUGAAGAUGGCCAUAACCGGAAGUGUUUCUAAUGGUGACAAGGAUAAAAUCCUUGAAGUUGAGGAGGACUGUUUCCCUCCCAAUUUCAGGGAAUAUAUGUUAAAGGAACUCAGUUGGACGCGAUUUAAAGAGGAUGGCUGUGGGAAUUCGUUGUUUGGAUGGGUUUUUUGGAGCCAACAAGACCACGAGACCAACUCUCUCGGCAAGUGACCCCUCAUUUUGUGUGUGUAUAUAUAAAUAAAAGUUCACUUCCUAGGAGGGAUUUCUCGUUAUGCUUAUAUGCGGACCUCUCAUUUCUGGAUCAUAUUUUGAUGAUCCAAACCGUUCAACUUGUUUAAAACAUAUCUUUAAGAGUACUCACUAGUAAGCAGCUCAAAAGAAUAUUGAUAGUACUUAAUCCAAACAGUUUUUCAUAAAACAGUUCCUGUCAAACUUUAUGAAAAACCAUUUGGAUCAAGCAUUUUUUGGUCAUUUUUUGGUCAUAUUUUGAGCUUAUUUCUCGCAAUUUCCCUUAAAAAUAUGUUUUAAACAAGUUGAACGAUUUGAAUCAUCAAAAUAUGACCUGGAAAUAGGAGGUCCACAUCGUAGACAAAAUGAGGGGAAAGUCCACUUUGACCCCCUUGUAAUUUGGGUCAUGCAUGGAUACACUCUAUGAUUCAAAAGUGUGCACAUAACACCAUGUGGUUUGUGAAAUGUGCAAACACACCCUCUGCCGUCAUGUUUUCCAUCCACAUUAAUAUACAUAGCAUUAAAAGUCCGAUAUGUCCUCAUCUUCUCUGUUGAUUCUUAUUCUUCCUUGAAUCUAACCAAUCCAUCCUUUGUACAAAAAAUUGGAUCUGAACCGUUGAUAUUGUAGAGUUUGACGAGUAUUGCAUCCAUACCAAAAUUUAAGUCGAUCAAAAAAUGAAAUCUCAUGGUCGGAUUGAAUUUAAUAGGAAGUAAAUUUUUAAAUUUAAAUCUACUAUUCAUUUUAACAAGAAUUAGAUCACUGAGUCAUUGAUGUCUGAUCAAGUUGAUUUUUUUACAAAGAUGCUCUAUUCUGUGACUAAUACAUUAAAAUUCAAAAUUUUGUUAAUAUAAAUGGAAAACAUGACAAUAGGGGUUGUGUAUGCAAAUUUCAUAAACCAUAAGGCGUUAUGUGCACACUUUUGAACCAUAAAUGGUGUAUUCGCACAUGGCCCAAAUUACAAGGAGUCAAAAUGGACUUUUCCCUGGAUAUUUAUAUGUUCAUAUAUGUGUAUAAAUGAAUCUCUUUUUCUUGGCUCAAUGUCAAUUUUCAGUUGCAGAUAAUUUUGUGGACUUCAGUCCCGACGUUUGUGCGUGUCCGAAAGUCAGAGAAAAUAUCAGACUUGCUCUCCAAAAAAUGAUAUUGUACCCAAGACUUAAUGUAUCACUAGUUCAAUUUUGGGCAUCCACAAAAACAUUGGAGGGGCGGACUUUGCUUACAACUCAAAACCAACCUUUUGCUCUUGGUAACACAUAUACCACGUUUGAGAGACAGUGGCUUUGUGAGUAUAGGAUGAUGAUCGGCAGGGAGUAUAAGUUCUACGCAGAUGCCGAGAGUGGAGAGGAAGAACUUGGGCUUCCUGGCCGUGUGUUCCUCCAUAAAUUCCCCGAAUCCACUUCAGAUGUGAAGCAUUACACUCUUAAAGAGUAUCCACAACUCGACCUUGCUUUACGUUGUUUCAUUAGAGGAUCUUGGGCUAUGCCAGUGUUCGAACACUCCUCCAAAACCUGUGUUGGGGUGCUUGAGAUAGUUUCUCUCUCUUACACGCCUUCAUUUUGGCAUGACAAGUCUUUCCUCGGUAACCUGUAUGGUAUUUUUCAGGAGUUUGGUAUGCGAUGCUUUGAUGGAUAUAAACACUGUGAAAUGAGAUACAUGGACGAGAAUAAAGCUCUUGCAGCUGCCUUCAAGGAACUCAAGAUGGUUUUGGGAUCUGUAUGUAAAAUUCAUAAGCUACCUCUGGCUAUGACAUGGGUCCCUUGCAGUGCCUGCGGCUAUUUAGUGGAAGGCCAACACCUAUCUAAGGGCAAAAAAAUUUUUGGGGACGGUUAUGACAACCUUUUUUUUGAGUUCAGAACAAUCCUAAAAAGCUGUCAUUUAAGAAAGGGAGAGGUUGCUGGGAGGGUACUCUCAUUUCCUAACUUGUUAUACUGCUCAGACGUACAACUAUUAAGCAUAGCUGAGUACCCCUUGGUACCCUAUGCACGACGGUACCAAUUAACUGGUUGGUUCACGAUAUGCUUGCAGAGCAGUUUUACUGGGAAUGAAGUUUAUGUACUGGAGUUCUUUUUGCCCACGAGCAGCAAAGAUGAUGAGAACAUUCUGGCCAGAUUGAGCUUGAUAUUGGCAACGAUGGAGGAAAGUUUCAAAACUUUUAAGCUUGCUUCUGGCCAAGAUUUGGGGGACAUGUUGACUGUUGAAGUUAUCGAUUUUCUGAAUGGCCAGAAAAGUCACUCCAUUCAAAUGAUCCAAGCUACUAGAUUGACUCCUUGUCUUGAACUCUUAAAGGAUGGAGGAGUGAGAUUACAGAUAGGUCAACUGGAUCAGCCAACAAUGGAUGCCAAAAAUAGUGGAAUGGAUGUCGUUAGUGAAGAUCACAACUAUUUUUUACCUAGUCUUGAAGCCUCGCAGAAUGGAGAAUUGACGACAGAACUAGACUCAACUGAUCAGACAUCAAUGGAUCCUUUAAACAAAGGAAAGAAUGUCACCAGUGCAGAGCAAAACAUCAUUCUGGUUGCUAGUUCAGAAGAAGGCAAAAGAAUCCAAGCUACUAGAUUUACUCCUAGUCUUGAGCUCUUGAAGGAUGAAGAAGAGAUAUUGCAGAUAGGUCAACUGGAUCAGCCGACAUUGGAUGCCAGAAAUAGUGGAAUGGAUGUCGUUAGUGAAGAACAAAACUACAUUUUACCUGGUCCUGAAGCCUUGCAAAAUGGAGAAUGGACGACACAACUAGAUUCAACUGAUCAGCCAUCAAUGUAUCCUUUAAACAAUGGAAAGAAUGUUGUCACUGCACAACAAAACAUCAUUUUGGUUGCCAGUUCACAAGAAGGCAAAAGAAAGAUGCAAGAAAAGAAACAUAAAAAAUCUGGAGUUAGAAUUGAAGUUUCUUUAGAGGAGAUCCAUAGAUGUUCGAAAAUGAGGCGUGAAGAUGCUGCAGAGGAACUCAAAGUUAGCAUAUCUACGUUGAAGCGGGUCUGUAGGGAUUAUGGCAUCCAUCGGUGGCCACCUCGCGACAUAAAAAAGGCCCGUCCCAUUCGGCCCUCCCCUGUUGAGAACCAGGAACAAUCCCCACAACUUAAUUUUAAUUUGCCUUUGAAUCAAGCCUCAGAUAGUGUUGCUCACAUAAAGCCAGCAUUGCAAGAUGGGGAUAUGGUGACAAUUAGGGCGAAAUAUGAAAAUAACACGAUAAAGUUUCGGCUGUCUUUGUCGUCUAGAUUAGUAGAGCUGCAACAAGAAGUGGCUAAAAGGUUGAACGUGGAGCCAGGAACUUACUAUGUCAAGUACAAAGAUGAGGAUAAUGAGUUGAUUUUGAUAGCUUGUGAUGAGGACUUGCUAGAGUGUAUCCAUGCUUCUAGAUCGCUGGGCAACACUUCGAUUGUGGUUCUGGUUGAGCUAAAACAGCCAAUGACCAACUCGAAUCCUGCUAAUUAAGCAUAUAUCUAUAUGGUUUGUAAGCAUCUGUUGUUAAUGCUGGCCUAAAGAUAUGCACUUGAUGUAGUUUUUUUCCUUUUUCUUUUAGUUAUUCGACUAGCCAUUAUAGUGUGAGGAAGUUACGCUCUCUUUUUCCAGCCACUCCUAUUCUUGCCUAUGUUGUUUUAU